CUAGUGCGCGCAACACACAACUUUCACUUAUCUCUCUACUUUGAAUAGAAAUUAUUUUUUGGCAAUGUUGGGCUAAAUAAUAAUAAAUAAAACCCUGAUUACUCCAUCUGUUUUUAACCACUCAACUUCAGUCUCUGAGCUAUAGAUGCCUUUCAGUUGACAGAAUGACUAACUCCAAUUUCAACAUUUUUGAGUAAUGUCAUUUUAGUGCUAUUUCUAGUUGGAAAUGUUAUAACUAUACAGACAGUGAGAAAGUUGAUUCUAGAGUAGGUGAUAGCAGAGCUGAUGUAAAGAACUGUGCAUACAGUGAUACACCUAAUUUAAUCAAGAUUGUUAGAGCUGUUUUUGAGAAAAUUGUAUAAAUGUGUUUCACCGUUGAUAUAAAGUAGCAUUUCUGGUUAUAAGGAAAAAGUAGCUGUAAAAUCUCAGUCAGAUACCUAUCUUAAAUAUGUAAUAUCAGUUUCGUUGGACUUUCCGUUUUUGAGCUAGACUGCUAACUUCCACAGACCAUUUUGUGAGACUUGGUUAUUUAGACUCAGGGUACCUCAAAACGUGUAUUUCCGGUGAAAACUCAGAUUAGAAAAUUUUCACGAUCGCAAUACUUUCUCUUGCUGUAUAUAGGUAAGUGAAAGUAAAAAUUAAUAUGUUUUACUAUUUAUUUUUAACAUAAUAUUAGAAACACAAGUUAGAAUGCCCAAUAAUUAACGAAUGUACCAAUCAUUGACAGAACGACAGAUUAAAAACACCAUUCAAGAAAAGUUUGAUUAUAUAUAACAUUGGAACUAAUCUUUAUACACGGUCGAUAAUAUAUAUAAUUAGGUAUUUGACCAAUACAGAAUCUUUUAACUAGUUAUUGAAUUCUAAUGAACUGACAAUUUUUACUUAAAACAAAUGCUUUACAGAACAAUAAACAUACUUUAUCUUAUGAGUAAGAAUUGCUAACAUUUAUUUUGUUUUGAAAAAGUCAAUCUAUUAUUACUAUUGAUAAUAUAUGACUGUCUUUAUUUAUUUUUUUUUUGUAGUUGAAGGGGUAAUGAGUCCAUAUACAUAAUAGUAUAAAUAAAAUAAAUCGUAAUAAAAUAUAAAAGAAUAAAUAAAUUUUAUGGAACAGUUAUUUAUCACAAAAUGUCCUUUCCAUAUUGGCAAAAACUGACCUUCACAUUGUGAUGUCACUUUUUCAUGUGGGAAAUGAAUAUAGAUAAGAAUACAAAAAUAUAUUUAUUUGACCUUCUUCACUCAACAUUUUUUAUUAAUCUCUAAGAAAAUUAAUGCUAAAUGCAUUUUAUUUAACAAUUAACAUUAUAAAACCUUAUAACUAUUCCUAACACUAUCAUUGAUAGUAACAAUGAUAAAAAAGAAAGCCGCACUGAAAAUUUUAAAGAUAUUAAUUUUUUUAAAGAUGAUUCAAUAAACUAUUAAUUAUAUAUUUUUUUAUUUUUCAGGGGACGAAAGUUCUUUUAAUUAAGCAGGAUAUAACAAAUAAUCUUACUUCAAAAGACUAUGACUAUUUAAUCAAGAUUAAGAAUCAUUCAACUUAUAAAAUCAAAAGUAAAUCAAAUGAAAUUGUACAUUUAAUUUAUUAUAAAAAAUGUUAUUAAUACAAAUUUAUCGAUAUAAAUAAACCAUUUUUCAAUGUAUUCGUUUAUUUAUUUUCUUAAAAUCUGCAUUGUAGUUACAAGAAACAUAUUAAGUAGGUAAGAUAAAUCUUACCCUUUCAGAUUCACAAGAUGAUCACAGAUCACAAGAUUGGCUAUGUCAGAAUCACUAAAAUUGAUACAUAAUUAAAGUACAUACAUAUGUACCUAGUGAUGCCCCCUGCUUAAACCAAAUGACUGAUAGGUUUUGCCCCAAUUUUCCAAAAAUGUCAGCUUAGUUUUACAAAAUCAAGAAAAAGAGAGUAGAGGAAAUUUAAAUGUGGCUUUAAAUAGGCAGACAUUUAAAUGUGAGAAUCAAAUAAAUAUGGACAUAACGUUAUUUUUUAAAAACUGAAUUUCUAAAUAAUAUGCAGUAAUUAGAUAUACACAAAUAAAAUUUGCAGUGAGUAUUUUUGACAUAAUUCUAAAAUUGGCACACAAUUAACAUAUAAAUUUAUUAGUUACUGAAUUCAAAAUAUAACUGUUUAGUUAUAAAUAUGUAUAUAUGUAUAACAUAUUUACAUAGAAAGCACCAUCUAAAAAUAUAUUGUUAAAUAACAAUAAUUAAAUUCUUUUAUGUAAGAAUAUAGAAAACUUAUUGAAGAAUUUUUUUAACAACAGCCACUACAUCGGAUGGCCUAGGUAUUGCAGCAGCUUCCAAAUCUUUAGCAUAUGGCAUUGGCACAUCAGCUCCGGUAAUCCUGACCAUUGGUGCAUCAAGCUCAAAAAAUGCACUACUCUCCAUAACUCGUGCACAUAUUUCAGCACCAAUUCCAUGUUGUGGCCAACCUUGUUCAACAGUGAUGGCACGGUGUGUCUUCUUAAUAGAAUUACAGAUGGUUUCAGUGUCUAAUGGUCUCAAAGAUCUUAAAUUAAUAACUUCACAAGAAAUACCUUGUCCUUCUAGCUCAUUUGCAGCUUCAAGGGAUAUUUUGACUGCUCUGGAAUGUGCGAUUAAUGUCACAUGUUUUCCCUGUUUUUCAACUUUAGCUUUUCCAAUGGGUAGUACGAAAUCUUUCGAUAAUACUUCAUCUGAUACAGGGAAAUGAUCUCCAUAAAGAAUUUCAUUUUCCAAAAAAACUACUGGAUCUGGAUCCCUAAUUGCAGCUUUUAAAAGCCCUCUGCAAUCUUCACUACUGAAAGGGGAUAAAACUUUUAGUCCUGGGCAAUGUGCAUACCAAGCACCAAAACACUGUGAAUGUUGAGCUGCAACGCCACUAGCAGCUCCAUUAGGUCCACGAAAAACAACAGGAACAUGAAUAGUUCCUGCUGACAUGUAAAAUGUUUUUGCUGCGGAGUUUAUUACUUGGUCAAUUGCUUGCAUAGAAAAAUUGAAUGUCAUAAACUCACAGAUUGGUCGUAGACCUGCCAUUGCGGCUCCAACUGCGACCCCAGCAAAUCCCAUUUCUGUAAUUGGAGUAUCAAAAACCCUUUUGUCACCAUACUUCUUCCACAGACCUUUGGAUAUUUUAUAAGCACCAUCAUACUGAGCCACUUCUUCUCCCAUUAGAAAAACUCUUUCAUCCUUUUCAAGUUCCUCAUCUAAUGCAGAGUUUAAGGCAUCUCUAACAGUCAUAGUUUUUCCAGCACUUGCAGCUCUUCCCACCGAGAAGGAACGAUUUAAGACCUUAAGCACUUUUUGAGACUGCAUCAUCUUUAAUAAUUUUGGAAUUAAAAGAUGAACGAAUUAUAGUUUUCGAUAGUUUUCCUCCACCAAUUAACUAAUUUUAAAUUAUAAAAAUAAACUGAUAAAAAAAUUAAUAAAACAAUAAAGCUCAAAAGACUAACAGAAAGUAACUAAAUGUCAAUUGAACAACCUUAUGGUAGGUUUCAACUCAACCGAACAUCUGAUCAUGUGUAAGAUCACGCGUUCGUCAUGCAUAGAUAAACUAAACCUUCAAAUUCAUGAAGCAAGAAAUACGUCAGGAUUAUGGAAUAUGUUUUAUCAGAGACAAACUUCAUAGAACUUUUUUGUAGGUUAAUAUAUAUUGGUGAAAACUUGGAAUAAAUACAAUGUUUGUAUUUACUAUGAUAAAUGUGUUGAAAAAUUAUCAAAAAAAGAAACAUUUUACAUAAAUAAGGCAUUAUGUAAUAUAGAGCUUGUAAAGUCUUGAUUAUAUUGGUUAAAAUAUAAGCAAUUCAUACAUCCUUGGAUGGUAUUGACGAGAGGGAAAACCGACCAAUCAGAGAGCAGAAUUUCGGUUGAAAUACGCGGGCUCGCGAGCCAUCUGUUAUGGCUGUUCAGACCGUUCUCAGUCACAGACCUAGAAUGACUUCCACAACUACAUUCGGAGGAUUUAAUCCCGAAGGCCGCAAUUCUAGCAAGGUGCUGAAACCCCCAGGUGGUGGCAGUUCAGACAUCUUCGGCACCAGUGGCGGUAGCAAUGAAUCUGCGGCCACUCCUGCACGUCGGGUCAAGAACCAUCAGCAGUCCAAUUUGUUCCUAAGCGAUGAGCCACAGAUGACUCCGAGCAGAAACCAAAAUGGUAAAGACACAUACUCGCGGCUCUUCGGCGCCCCUUCCCCGACUACCCCCGCCUCUGCCUGCAAGAACAGAAUGAAGAGCAACAUUCUCCUCAAUGAAGAGGUCAAUGAUAAUAGAAACGAACAGAAGGAUGAUGCUAAGUCUGAGGCCAGCGAUGAUUGUACUGAUGGAACCCAUAAUGGUCAAAAUGGUCAUUCCGAGGAGAUUGCUAAUGCGAACCCUGUGAUGAAUGGAAACGCAGCUCCGAUUAUGAAUGGCAACACUCAGCCUGCACCAGCUCCUGCCCAACGCCAGCGUGUUCCUCCUGGUGGCUUUUCCUCCGGCCUGUGGUAAUUGAGCAGUGGUAAUUUUCGAGAGGGCCCAUAUCCUUCAUCUUGGCCACGUUCAUUUGUUUAUGUCUUUUUUUCUAUAUUAUUUUGUCUAAUUUAUGUAACAAAAUAUACUAUUAUACUCUUGAUUUGUUCAUUUUUGCUAUUUGUGAAUGUUUUAUAGGACUAAUGUUAUCUAUCAUUGGAUUAAAUAUUGAAUUUUGCAUUUAGGCUCAAAGAUGUAAUGAUAGCUCUAGUUUUGUUAUGUAUGACAACACACACGUACUUGUAAACUACUAAUGUUUAAGUCUUAUUUACAUUUGUAUUGUUAGAAACUUAGAAUCAAGUUAAAUUUUAAAAAUUUUGAACUUAAAUUAAACUUUUUUUAAAUUGU